AUGAAUCCCGACCAGCCGCCGGACUCAUCGUCAAUGUCUCUCUCGACCUCGCCAGCGCACGAUGUCGCCAAGCUGAUGGGCCGCCGGAGCCUGAGCAACAUCCCCAAGGACCAGAGGUCGCUGCUGGAGCUAGAAAACUCGUGGGCGGUUGACCAAAAAGAUGGGCCGCACGGAUUGGCCACUGUCCCGAGCCAUGUUUUAAAGACGCUGAAAGAAGCCUUUAUCCGCCUCAAGGACGAAAAUGAGAAGGAGAACCCCAAGGACGAUGAAAACUCUGACCUUGCUCCCACCACCAAUGACCGGGACGGCCAGAAUAGCCAUUCUCCCAGCUCAACUCCAGCGAGAUCAAACAGUGAUGGUGCGCCGCCGUCUUCGCCGGAAAUUCCGAUAGCAUGGUCGCAGUCUCCAGUUGGGUCCAGAGCUGAGCAGGACGAUGAGAUGUCCGACGCCGGUUCGCCCAUUGAGGAGACGCCCUCGAGUCCUGCGCCUGCACCACUCACUCAGCCACUGCUCUUCCAUGGUACACCGAGUCCUGGCCCUUCUUCAAGUGCCAGCGAGCCCGAGGAUCUUGAGAUGGAGCUCCCACAGCCUCAGAAAAACCACAAUACCUCAAUUAACCGCGAGGCUCCCAUCAACUACGCAACUACCCAGAUGCAUCUAACAGCAACGCCUCAAGAACCCGCAAGCUUGGUUACAAGUAUGGUUACCACUACGGAUACGCCUCCAUGCGCACAGCCGCUAGUUGCUUCUGCUCCGUGUACUUCGUCGGAGGAUCCAAAAUCGUCGGUGGUGCAAGCUGAUCCAACCCACGGUCGAUCACGACGGAUGAAACCUAUCGAGUUUAGUGAGGAUAGCCCAAAAGUCGUUGCGCGUUCAACGAACUCGGUGUCCAUUAAGCGCAUGCCUUCCAAGCGAGCAUUGCCCGAGGAACAUGUCCAGAACUCGGCUUCUCUAAGCUCAAGCAACUCCGCUCCUUACAAUCAUGGUAGAGUAGAGAGCGCGCCAUCCCCGCCGCCUCCUCCACCUCCUCCGCAUAACUUCGCUGCCAGGGAUGCUACUCCUCGGAAUAGAACGAGUGAGCGGCUUGAUGGGGCCAAUAGCGAAGAUAUAUCUCGGCACCGCCAUACCCCCCUGUAUCAGCUGUUUCGGAUACAGGCGCCGGCAGUGGAUGUGUUCAUAAGUGAACAUUCGGACCCCUAUACCGCUUUCACCGCUACGUACCCCGACUACGUCGUGGUUCAUUCGGGUAACUUAUUGGCGUUUAUUCAGGCUUGCGUCUAUCUAGAGAUGCUUCAAGAAGAGUUGGCAAUACGCGAGUAUUUGUAUGAUGAUUUUAUCAGGGCCUGGUCAAGCGGCUUUCUGAGAUACGUGCAGAACGCGAGCCCCGGCCAGGAACCACUUCCUGCUAUACAAUGGUUCAAUAUGCAAAAAGGCCCUAUCCUCUUUAACCGUAUGUGCAUAACUACGAGCAACAUUGGCGUUGUUCUGAACGCAUAUCCCGAGGAGGCCGCAAGAGCUAGGGCCAUAAUCCAUGCAACCAAGGAAACGGACGAGAGGCAAGCGUCAGAGCCACAGUCAAAGCGAGGAUUAGAAAUGGAGCUGGAGGAGGAACCGGAUAAAGAGCCAUCACCUGAGCCCAAGCGUCGACGUGAACGUGAACGUGAACGUGAACGGCAUGUUGUGGAUUUGUUGGAUAGCGACAAUGCCAUGGACAUCACCGUGGUAGAAGAACGCCGAGCCGAGCCAGAGCUCCCUCCGCCCACGAGAAACCCACCAUCCUUGCCGGCACCGUCGCGAGUAGCCCCGCUGGCACCUCCUCCCAUUCCUCGACCUCUGUCCCCAGAGCCAGGCAGCGAUGACUUUGACUCCCCUCCCCCUCCAUCCAAGCCACAAUCGCGAUCCCGGUCACGACCACACACACGCGAGCCUCAGCCUCGAUCUAAACCACGACCACAACGAGAGUCACAAUCACAACCACCGCAACUACAACCACAGAGAGAACUGACGUUGCCUGAACGACAUUCUCCCAGACGCCAUCCAGCCCCUGCUCCCAUCCCCCCUAUCCCCGUCCCCUCCUCCACAGCUCCUCCUCCAUCAACCACCAGGCGUUCGCCCAAGUAUUCCAGCUCUAAAUCCCCCCACCAACCGGCCGACCAUGCCGGAAACAUAGUCUCAAGCGGUCGCCCCGUGCCUAGCUCAAGUAGCCGGGCGAUCCCGAAGCCACGCAAGAGAUCGGCCGAGGAGCGGGCGCGGCUGAAGGAGCAUUUCCGGAAGAAGGCUACUUCCUCGUCGACGAGCUUUCUCGGCAGCGGGGCGGAUAACUAG